UCUUACAAAAGAUCGAAGCCAUAGUUGUUCAUUUUCAUUUUGAUGAUUAACUUUGAAAUACGCGAUGGGCUUCUCACUCCGGCUUAUCCUCUUGUCUUCCAUUUGCUCUCUAGUUUUCUUCAGUGCAAUGUUUCUCUUGAACUUCAUCUCUUUGGGUUUGUACCUAUUGUUUUUCUUCUCCACUGUUUCUAUUUGUUGCUGCCUUUUGGCUUUCAAUCUUUGUGAUAAACAGAGAGCAGCAACUCUGCUGAUCCACACUUCUUCAUCCCUCAUCACCAAUACAGAAGUAACUCCUCCUCCUCUUCCUCCUCCUCCUCCUCCUCCUCCUCCUUCUUCCUCGUCUUCUUCUCCACCAUCCAGUAAGCUCACCUACGAUGUAUUCCUCAGUUUCAGAGGUACAGAUACCCGCAGAAAUUUCACGGAUCAUCUCUACACUGCUCUCAAACAGAAAGGUAUCUUCACUUUUAGAGACGAUGAAGAACUCCGGAGGGGUGAGUCGAUUGGUCCGAAUCUGUUGAAAGCUAUCGAAGAAUCAAGAUACGUGAUUGUUGUAUUCUCACGAAACUAUGCCGGAUCUGCAUGGUGUUUGGAUGAGAUUGCCAAAGUCUCCGAUUGCAUGAAGGAAAUGGGACAAAAAGUUCUCCCAGUGUUCUACCAUGUUGAUCCAUCUGAGGUACGAAGACAGACAGGCGAUCACUUUGGGAAGGCAUUUGCGAAGCAUCAAGAGAGGUACAAAAGCGAACCAGGGAGAGUAAAGGGGUGGAGAGAUGCUCUUCUUCAAGUGGGCAAUCUUUCUGGAUGGCACCUGCAAGAUGGGUACGAGUCCAAAAUUAUUCAAGAAAUUGUUGAAAAGGUUUUCACCGAGCUGAAUAAAAUAAUUUGUACAUCUGAGGGCUUAGUUGGGAUGGAUUCCCACCUCAAUGAACUGUUAUCCUACUUAGACAUUGGGUGUCACAAUGAUGUUCGUAUCAUAGGGAUUUGUGGGAUGGGUGGUAUUGGGAAAACUACUAUUGCACAAGUGGUUUUUGAAAGGCUAAAAGCUCAGUUUGAAGGUGAUAGCUUUCUUGAGAAUGUGAAACAGGAAACUGCCAAGCAGGGUAGUAGUAUUCAUUUACAAGAGAAACUUCUGUCGAACUUGCUAAAUAGCAAUGUCAAUGUACAGAACACAAAAAUGGGAAAAGACAUUAUUAAGCAUAGACUAUCUACCAAAAGAGUGCUUAUUGUUCUUGAUGAUGUGGAUCAAGAUAUACAACUGGAAACCUUGUGUCAUCGUACUUGGUUUGGUCCAGGAAGUAGAAUCAUUAUAACAUCCAGAGAUGAACACUUGAUCACUGCAUUUGGAGCAGAUAAAGUAUACCAAGUGAACGCAUUAAGUGAUCCUGACGCUUUUGAGCUCUUUCGUUUAAAAGCCCUUUUCAAUCAAGAUGAAGUUGGAGAAGAUUUUCUCAAGCUAUCCAGGGAAUUUUUGGAAUAUGCUAAUGGCCUUCCAUUAGCUAUUAAAGUUUUGGGAUCAUCUGUUCGUGGUAGAAGUGUAAACUUCUGGUCAAGUAUAUUGAAGAGACUAAAAAAAAAUCCUCCGAAACGAAUUAUUGAUGUUCUUAAAGUCAGUUUUGAUGGCUUAGAAGAAACAGAAAAGAAAGUGUUUCUGGACAUUGCGUGUUUCUUUAAAGGACAGAACAAGGAUCGUGUGAUAAGAAUUCUAGAUGCUUGUGACGAUGAAGGUGUGAAGAUGGAUGUAGAAGUUCUUCAGGAAAAAUCUUUGGUGUCUCUAUUUGGAACAAACUUGGGGAUGCAUGAUUUGAUACAAGAAAUGGGUUGGGAAGUUGUUCUUCAAGAAUGCCGUGAAGAGCCUGGAAAACGUAGCAGGCUGUGGCUUCCCAAUGAAAUCAUCCACGUACUUGGUCGGUGUAAGGCGACCAGUGCAGUUCAAAGCAUAUUCCUCAAAUGUGCACCAGGAGACGAUGUUGUUAGCUCAAUUGAUAAUGCCUUCUCAAAUAUGGACAGAUUGAGAUUGCUCAAGAUUAGUAAUGUGAAGUUUUCCGGAAACAUCACUUAUCUUUCAAAUGAUUUACAGUAUCUUGAAUGGCAUUACUGUCCUUUGGAUUCCUUUCCUUCAGACUUUCAUCCGGAGAAACUUGUUGAAGUUCACAUGCUUUUUAGCCGAAUCAAACAACUAUGGAGGGGAAAACAAUGAUGGAGCGUUCUACGGCAUUUAGAUCUGAGUAGUUCAUCAAACUUGAUCUCGACUCCAGACUUCUGUGAUGUUCCUGAUCUAGAAGUGUUAACACUUAAGCACUGUUCAAGUUUGGUGGAGGUUCAUCCUUCUCUUGGAUUUCUGAGGAAACUUCGCAGUUUGGAUUUGCAAUCUUGCGUGUCUAUUCAGAGCCUUCCACCUUUCAUUACUUUGGAAUCCCUUCAAAUAUUGAGCCUUUCAUUCUGUUCAGGACUGAAGAAGUUUCCGGAAAUUAAAGGAAAUAUGAAAACCUUAUUGGAGCUUUAUUUGGAUGGUACCAGCAUUGAGGAAUUGUCUCCAUCAACUGAACGCUUGACUGGUCUUACCAAGUUGAAUCUAAUCAACUGUAAAAACCUUCAAAGUCUUCCCAAUACCAGGUGCUUGGCAUCUUUGCAAAGUCUUGAUUUAACAGGUUGCUCCCAAAUUGAUGAGGUACCUGAGAAUAUGAAAGGUAUGAAAUGUCUGAAGCAACUCCUCAUUGGCGGAACUUCCAUAAGGGAGUUAUCUUUCAUUAGAGGCAUGACAAAUCUACGGUAUCUAUCCUGCCGAGGAUGUAAAUGUCUAGUUCCAGAAUCAUUCAAAGGUCUGGCUUCGUCGAGUUUGAUAGGGCUAGACUUGAGUUACUGCAAUCUGAGGGAUGGAGAAAUUCUCAAUGAUUUUAGCAGUCUAAUUUCAUUAAAAUUGUUACAUUUAAGUGGUAAUUGUUUCGUACAAUUACCUGAAAAUAUCUCUCAACUCUCAGAGCUCACCAAUCUGUACUUGAGAGAUUGUAGACAGCUUCAAUUGCUGCCCAAGGAUCUUCCUGUGAGUCUUCGGUCCCUGGAUGCAAAAGGUUGCACUUCACUGAUUGAUUACCCAAAUCAAAUCGCAAUACGGAACGCAACACUUAUCGAUUCCCUCAACGAUUCAGCAUUUGAUGUCUCAGACAUGAUAACUGGGUUUGUGUAUCCAAGAAAUGAGGGUGAAUCUAUACAGCGGUGUUUGACAUAUACGGAUACAGAGGGGAAAAGAGUAAAUAAAUAUUUGCCUAUGACAGCUCUAGCGUUGCAAGAAGAAUGUAAAAUGGAUUUCUUCAUACUAUACCAUGGCGUAGCUCCUACUGAUGAACUUCCAGAGUGGUACAGCACAAGAUCAACCAGAAAUUCUAUAUCAAUCUCAAUACCUGAAAAUCUGGCAAAUGAUAACAAGUGGAAGGGAGUUGCCUAUUGUGCUAUAGUCGCAGUUAAGGGGCAUACUGAGUUCUCCCUUAUUGAACCGGAUCCUGGUUUCCUUAAUUACUCGUAUCAAGUCACAUUUGAAACUGAUGUGUUGCGUCUAAAACCAUUUCCUAUGUUGAGAUCGCACUUGGACGGUUUUGGACUGACUUCUCAUCUGCGUUUGUUUUUCUAUGUCCCUAGUUCCUACUUUCCAGAGAGGGAGUUAGAUAAAUCAACUGUGUUGAGGGCUGUUUUUGAGACCACUAAUCCAUCCAUGGUAGUCCAGGAAUGUGGUAUUCAUCUAGCCUAUGAGCAAGAUGCUGGAUUGUUCGAGGGGAAUAUCCAGGGUCCCAUUUGUCUGGACAAGGUUAAGGACUCCAUCUCUGUAUUCCAGUGUGGCUGGCUUAGUCAAUCUUGGGAAUGGGAGAAAUUCAUUCCACCAUUGGAAAAAGAAUCUACACUUCUGCUGAGAAAGAACCUCGAGUCUGUUCUUCCAAGAAACCUUGAGGCAACAAACAGUUGUGUUAUCUUCGAAUUUAACCUCAGAGGAAGCCCGGCUUCAUUUGAGACCUUUGCCCCCCCUGUUAAGGGGACACAUUUCGCCCAAAUGUCAAUCACUGGCUUGCCUCAGAAUCUAUACAAGAACAAGAAGUGGAUCGGAUUUGCAAUAUGCCUAUCACUUGUCGAGGAAGUGGGACAGACAAGGAAACAAGACAACUAUCAGGCAUCUAUUACACUACAAAAUGGGGAUGAUCAAGGCAAUACAGUUGCUGUGAGCCUAGAACUUGAGCACAUCAGGCCACUGUCAAAAGAACGUCAUCAAUUAUUGGUUAUUUACCUACCGCGGGCAGUGAUUGCCAAAGAACAACACAGUCAAACAUUAACAACUGCAAUGGGGCUAUCCAUAAGGAUUGAUAGCCCUCAUGUCGAGGUUCAAAGAUGUGGGUUCCAAAAUCUGUACCAGAAAGAUAUAAAAGGGUUUGCUGAUACUAUUAUCCGAUGCAUGCAGAGGGACAAUUCUCUUAAAUCUUACGAUAAGUGGGUGGUAGAAGCAUGGAUACGGUUGAUACGAUGGGAAGGUGCCCAUUUGAAGGGAAUGACAGAACGGGACUCCAGAACCCCGCGGGAAAAAUACUUUGAAAUGCAUUCGCCAAAAUAUAGAAAUUGGGACUGGUCUAAACCUCGUAUUGUUUCUUGUUUCUUCGGGGCGGUACAAAUUUCCAAGUUCAAAUGGUUCGUGCCUUUCAUCAACCAAGGCAACUCUGCAGAAAUCCAACUGCCUCUGAAUGUGUUUGAUGAUGGUAAUUGGUUGGGGUUUGCCAUAUGUUGUCAAAUCUCGACCCACUACCAAAAUCCAAACAUAAGUCUUGACAGUACUGCUGCUGAAUCAACGUCUGGUGUGCUACAUUAUCGUCUGGACUCUGAUGUUGCUUGGCAUGGCUUAUUUGAUUGCUGGAUGCAUCAUGGUUUUGAGGUACUCGAGCCUUUAGACUACCAUGCGACUCGGUUCUCAUAUAUACCGCGCACUGAAGUUUUUUACAAGAUGUGGAGGCAAUGCAAAUUGGCCAGGAUAACCAUGUGGCCCUCUAACCAAAGCUUAGGAGUGGAUAGUUGUGCCCUUCGUCUGCUAUAUAAGGAGGACAUUGAACAUCUAGUUGAAACACUCACCCUUGCCGAAUUACCUUGA